GGCAACGCAGCAUAAACCGAUCCCGAAAGUUUAUCUGGCUGUAUCAUCCAGUCUGCUAGAUGACCUGAGUAAGUUCACCAUGGCAGAUGUGCCGGGUUAUUUGCUGGCCUGCUUACAAACUGGGAAGCUUGCUGCCUUGGCAAUUCUAGUCUCAGGGGGCAUUGUGUUGCAAAUACUAGCCUGUGCUCUGUACAAUAACUGGUGGCCAAUGCUUACAGUGAUAAUGUAUGUUAUGCUACCGAUGCCACUGGUUUUCUUUGCUGGGUCAGAUACUUCAUCUCUAUAUUCUGAGUCUUCAGAUAGUUGGAUCGACGCAGCUAAGUUCUUAACUGGGGUUUCAACAGUUGGAAGCAUUGCAAUCCCAGUUAUUUUAAAGCAUUCUGGCGUGAUUGGUUGGGGAGCCAUGGCAAUGGAACUCUCGUCAUUUUUCAUUUUCGUGCUAGCAAUUUUUUGCUUCGUUACAAUGAGUGAUGAUGACGAUGGAUAUCAUAUGAUCUGAUGUAAAUGCAUGAUUUGAUCCUUGCGCUUCUCUAUGUCCAGCUGUUUAGCUACCUUUUACGUUUGCUAAUUUAGCAGUGAUAUCUAUCCCACGCUUUGCUUUGUAAAUACAUCACCAUUGUGGUUUGUGAAAAUUAAUGUUCUUCGCCUGUGUUUGGUAUGGUCGUCACUUCUCAUGCAUAGGAUUGUACCCAGGAAUGAACUUUGCGAUGGAAUCCUAAACGUAAUUUAAUGGAAUCUCCAUACCAUUAUGCUUCCUUAUUUAUGAAUAAAAUGUUUUGCUACGUAUUAAUUGCA